ACAGACAGCUCGCAGCCAUGGACGGACCCGCUGACAAGGGCUGAGCUAGGUCGAGACCGUUAGCUCUGCAAAAAUCAAUAACUAACAUCCACUCCACUCGUGCAGCGCCCCUCACCCCCCAGCGAGAAACGCCUGCACCAGCGGCGGCUUCUGCACCGCCACUGACUUCAGCCUGGUGAAGUUUCCCGGGACCCCGGACCAUGGCUAGGGACUACACGGCCAAGAGCCUGGACAACAUCGACCUGGCUGCGCUCAGGGAUCCAGCAGGGAUAUUUGAACUGGUGCAAGUAGUUGGAAACGGGACAUAUGGACAAGUCUAUAAGGGCCGCCACGUUAAGACAGGACAACUAGCAGCAAUCAAGGUUAUGAAUGUUACUGAGAACGAGGAGGAAGAAAUCAAACUGGAAAUAAAUAUGUUAAAGAAAUAUUCUCAUCACCGGAAUAUUGCGACGUAUUAUGGAGCAUUUGUAAAGCAGAGCCCUGCAGGCCAGGAUGAUCAGCUCUGGUUGGUGAUGGAAUAUUGUGGAGCUGGCUCUGUAACAGAUUUGGUAAAGAAGACAAAAGGUAACUGUUUCAAGGAGGACUGGAUUGCGUAUAUCUGCAGAGAGGUUCUCAGGGGUUUGGCACAUCUUCAUUUUAAUCACGUUAUCCACCGAGAUAUUAAAGGACAGAACGUUCUCUUAACAGAAAAUGCAGAAGUAAAACUAGUGGAUUUUGGGGUAAGCGCUCAACUGGAUAGGACGAUUGGGAGAAGAAAUACAUUCAUCGGAACUCCCUAUUGGAUGGCGCCCGAGGUCAUAGCUUGCGAGGAGAACCAAGACUCAACAUAUGAUUACAGAAGUGACUUGUGGUCUCUGGGAAUCACAGCUAUAGAAAUGGCAGAAGGAGCUCCUCCCCUGUGCGAUAUGCAUCCCAUGAGAGCUCUCUUUCUCAUUCCACGAAACCCUCCCCCAAAACUGAAAUCCAGAAAAUGGUCCAAGAAAUUUCUUAAUUUUGUUGAAAGUUGCCUAGUUAAAAAUUACUUGCAUCGUCCAUCCACUGAAACUUUGCUUAAGCAUUCCUUUAUCCGAGACAUGCAGAAUGAACGGCAAGUGCGCAUCAUGCUGAAAGACCACCUGGACAGGACCAGGAAGAAAAAGGGAGAGAAAGACGAAACAGAGUACGAGUAUACUGGAAGUGAGGAAGAUGAUGAUGAACUGGAUGAAGAUGAAGGAGAACCAAGUUCCAUAGUUAAUCUCCCUGGUGAAUCAACGCUCCGUCGUGAAUUUCUGAGGCUGCAGCAGGAGAACAAAAAUCGGUCUGACCCUCAUCGACAGCAGCAGCUCCAGCAGCAGCAGCUAAAGGACCAGGAGAAAUACAAAAAGCAACUGCAGGCAGAUCGGCAGAAACGAAUCGAGCAAGAAAAAGAGCGGAGGAAGAGGCUGGAGGAUCAUCAGAAGAGAGAAGAAGAGCUCCGGAAGCAGCAAGAAUGUGAGCAGAGAUGGCCAGAAAUUAAGGCAGUUCAGCGGAGAGAUGAGAAGUGUGAAGAUGACAGGAGAAUUGUUGACGAGGAAAUGUGCAAAGUGGACGGACAGAGGAAAUCGGAAAGGAAGCAGAAAAAGGUGGAAGAAGUGCAACACAAUAAGAAGUUACAUCGGACUCUUCCCAAAGAUCAAACCCAACUGCUGUCUCUUCAGCACGACCACAAGCAAAAAAAGAAAGAGCUUCCAAAAAGCUCGAGUCCAGCAUCACAGCCUCCGCCAAGCAGUACAAGCAAAGAGGCCGAGGACAGAAAGAAGAAAAAUGAUGGGAUGCAGACUCAUCUCAACUGGGCAGCAGUUCUUGGACAUGAAGCCACGCCACAUACUAGACUAGGUUCUGGCAGUAGUUCUAGUCCUUGCACCCCAGCUUUGCAAAGAGCAGUGCUAGCGCAGAGUGAAAACCUCCGGACCAGUAGAGACGUAUACCACAGCAGUUCACUGUCAGACAUGGUGAUAACACCAACGAGCCCAGGACAGGAUGAUGUAUUCUGGAGCGUUUGUCAAAAUGAAGAGCAGCCUCCAAAGGUUCCAGAAAGAACAACCUCUAAAUUUUACAGCAGGGAUCAUCUUGGCCAUCAGAGAUGUCCUUCAAGUAACGUGCAGCAGUCAUCCCCGGGGGGACAUGCUUUGAAACUAAGCAGCAGCAGCAGCUCUCCUGGCAGCAGGCAAUGGGAGAUGGGAUCUCAUCUCAGCAAAAGAUCAACCUCAGGAUCGUCCAAGGCAGAGAGCCCGCUGUCCCAGAACCACCCGCAGCAGUGUAAGAAGUCUGAAAAUGCUCCUCACCCUGCUCAGUUUUCAAGUCCAGCCUUCUUCGCCAAAGGGAAAGACGGUGCCAACUUGUUCUCCACAGUAGCAGAAUAUUCAUCAUCCAGUGAUGAACUGCUCAGCAGCGAUGAUGAUGAUGUGAUUCACACAAGGCAACUGCCAAGUAAUGGAAUGGCAGAUUUCUCAAGGACAAGAGUUCCAGAUGGAAUUGAACUGAAACCCCAAAGCAUCGUAAUAGAACAGAAGAAUCAUAUUGCGGGGAAACAAAGUUGUAGCACCCAGGAAGGACUCUGGAGCAUACACAACCAGAACUAUCUCCUGCCAGAUCUCCUACAGCAAAGCCAAAUUUCGGACUCCUCGGUGAACCAGCAAAAAGUUACCCAGAAUAGUCAAGGACCUCAGAACAAAUCUACAUCAAGUGCUGAAAGUACGCCCUCAAAGGGCAGUUCAUCAUCUACAACAUCCUUUACUUCGUUCAUAGAUCCUAGACUACUACAAAUCUCACCUCCCAGCAGUCCAGCAGGACCUCCUUGUAGCUCUCCAUCUAGCCCCAAAGCAGAGCCUAUUAGGAGAGGGAAUGCAAGGAAAGGCUCUGUUGUCAAUGUCAACCCGACAAAUAUCCGGCCACAGAGUGACAGUCCAGAAAUUCGCAAAUACAAGAAGAAAUUUAAUUCCGAGAUCCUGUGUGCUGCUCUGUGGGGAGUAAAUUUACUGGUGGGGACGGAGAAUGGGUUAUGGCUGCUGGACCGAAGUGGACAAGGAAGGGUUUACUCGCUGAUCACAAGGAGACGAUUCCAGCAAAUGGAUGUUCUGGAAGGACUCAAUGUGCUAAUCACCAUAUCAGGCAAAAAGAAUAAGCUGAGGGUGUAUUAUUUAUCCUGGCUGAGAAACAAGAUUUUGCGCAACGAUCCGGAGGUGGAGAAGCGGCAAGGCUGGGUGUCCGUGGGAGACUUGGAAGGCUGCGUGCACUACAAAGUCGUGAAAUAUGAAAGAAUCAAAUUUCUUGUUAUUGCUUUGAAAAGCUCCGUGGAGGUGUAUGCUUGGGCUCCAAAGCCCUAUCACAAAUUUAUGGCUUUUAAGUCAUUCACUUCACUUCAUCACAAACCACUGUCAGUUGACCUGACAGUUGAAAAUGGACAAAGAUUAAAAGUGAUCUAUGGCUCGCAAGUGGGAUUUCAUGCUAUCGAUGUGGACUCUGGGUCUGUGUAUGACCUGUACUUGCCAACUCAUAUCCAGGGGACUAUUCACCCACAUGCCAUUAUUAUCCUCCCUAAUACCAAUGGAACAGAACUUCUACUCACCUAUGAAGAUGAAGGAGUCUACAUUGAUAUAUAUGGGCACUUCACAAAGGAAACUGUUUUACAGUGGGGAGAAAUGCCAGCAUCUGUAGCUUAUCUUCAGUCUAACCAGGUCAUGGGUUGGGGAGAGAAGGCUAUCGAACUGCGUUCCGUGGAAACAGGAAAUUUGGAAGGUGUAUUUAUGCACAAGAAAGCACAGAAGCUAAAAUUUCUAUGUGAAAGAAAUGACAAGGUUUUCUUUGCAUCUGUACAAUCUGGAGGCAGCAGUCAAAUUUACUUUAUGACACUUGGACAAAACGUCCUAUUCAACUGGUAA